AAAAGAAUUUUAUUUCAUUGAUUAUUACUUACAGAAAUAUAAUAAAUAUCAAAGUCCUUUUACGUAACCAUAAUGAGUUUUGUAUCGCCAAUAAAUUUCUUCGUUAUUCACACCAAAAAGUCCCUAAAAGUCUCGUAUUCGUUUGUGACAACUUUUUUAAAUACCAAAACAGACCGAGCUUAGUUAAUUCACAGACAUAAAACUGUUGACAUUACUUAGUGUCCCAAGAUUGUUAUAAAAAUAUCUAAAUAUAUUCAGUAGUGCACAUAGAAAGAAAUUAGGGUACUAACACUUGUAUAUUAUAUUAAAAUCUAACUAUUUUCAGUUUUUUUCACCUGCUGAGUUACUGAUAUUUAACUUAAAAAUAAAAUAUAUAAAAAUGUUUAAAGCAAUUAAAAUGCAAUAGAUCCGUUAUUUAGAUAAUUAACAAUCUAAGAGCACCGAUACUAGUGUUUGAUAAUGUGGUAACAUACAUACAAAAUGGUACGAAGACAACGAGAACAAAGCACUACAGAGGAUGAAAUCGUCAUUGAUACACCACCUUCUAAAAAACUUAAGAAGCACAGGCACAAAAAGCACAAGAGAAGAAAGCUACAAGAUGAGUUUGAUAGUGACACUUCCAUCGAUGUAUCAUAUGAAGAUAAUUUGGAUAAACCCUAUAAAAUAAAAUUAAAAGGUGGGAGAGAGUUGCCUGGAACAUCAGCUGCCGAUCUCCUCAAAGCACAAACAAUGAAAUCUGUACCAGAUUCAAGGCGAUCUUUGCCUGGAUCUUCCUCAAGUACUCCUCCUAAAGUAACUUCUAAAAAAAAGAAAAAGGGACGGGAAAGUGGAACUUCUAGCGAAGAAGAAAGAUGGCUGGAUGCCAUAAAGUCUGGAAAACUUGAGGAGGUUGAUGAGGAACUAAAGAAGAUAAAACCUAAAGAUCCUAAAAUGAUGACAGCAAGGCAAAGGGCCAUGUAUGAGAGGGGAACAGAUAAAGAAACCAGCCCUGGAGGUGAAGUACUACUCGCCCUUCCCUCAGGUUACAAAGAGAAAGUAAUGACAGCAGAAGCAAUUCAGAAAGCUGCACUAAAAUCACAAAAGCGCAAACAACUUGCUGAUGAAAAACGUGAGAAAGACAAAAAGAAAACAAUGGACAGACUUCUUAAAAAACAAGAUUCUAAAAACAUAAAAAAUAUGCAUAAGGGUAAACCCAUCAAAAAACAGGAGCCCAUGAUUGUUUAUAAAAAUAAUAUCAAUGAAAUUUCCUUGGCUCUGCCCAUUGGUAUUGAAUUCCCAUUGGCUGUGAAACCUCCAAUAGCAGCACCAAAACCAAUUAUCUGUGGAGCUGAUGGAUGUGUUAAUUUAAAAAAAUAUAAUUGUUCUAAAACUAGCAUACCUCUGUGUAGUUUAGAAUGUUAUAAAAAGAAUUUGAAAAAAUAAACAAAAAUGUACUUUUAAUAAUG